AUGGCCGGGGUAGUUCUAUUCACCCUCUUUUUAUUUACAAUAACGCAGUAUGCCCUCGCGGCGGAGACAAACUGCAGUCGCAUAUUCCAUUCUGCCGUCGUCAGCAAUGGAAAACUUUACAUCGAUGGCGGUGAAAUGCACACACGGUGGCCGAAUGACACGAUCACUACGAAGCCAAUUGACGACCUUGAAACUAUCGAUCUGACCAAGUCCUGGGUCAACUCGGACUCCGACCUGUACACAUACAUCCCAAAGCCCGUCGCAAACGAUACUGCGAUAUAUCUGGAUGAGGGAGCCGCCUGGUCAGAUGGAGAAAACCUCUUCUUCUAUGGUGGCUACGUUAGUGGAGUAGAUGGCCCUUCGGUCCCUCCUCUCGGAACAUGGAAGUAUAACAUCGCAGCCAACGAAUGGACCCAUAGCGGGUUUUCGGGUGCCGCACUUGUACGACUCUGCCAGGGAGGCGCAGUUCAGUCUUCGAGCAAGGCCUAUUACCUCAGUGGCUCCCUGAACCCAGGCGGCAACCCGAGCUUUGCCGGCACCGAGGGGGCAGAUGUAUACAUGGACCCGGGGCUGAUUACGCUCGAUAUGGAUACAUUAGAAUGGACGAACGCAUCGACUGCAGAUAUGAACGAAUGGGGGACCAUAGGCGACGGAUAUACGAGCUUGCUUGAAUCGGCAGGAGACGAAGGCGUCAUAGUAGCCUUUGGCGGCUAUAAAUACCCAGUUGGCCAGACACUUUCAUAUUUGGCCUACCGGCAAAAUGAAACAAUUCAUCGGAAUUCAAUGGAAAUGGUGCGUGUCUACGACAUCGCGGAGCAGAAAUGGUACACUCAACAAACUUCGGGCGAUGUUCCCGGCUGGCGAAUGUCAGGCUGUACAGUUGUUGCUCCUGCCCAGGACCUAUCAUCAUACUCCAUUUACGUGUUCGGCGGAAUGGCAAACACGACAGCUCUGUCAGAUGGCAAUGUCUAUGUUCUCUCAGUGCCCUCAUUUCGGUGGAUUCGAGUUACAGACGAUAACAGCAUUCGUAUCAAACACAAAUGUGUCCGACCUCAGAAUAAUACCAUGAUUGUGGUUGGAGGCAAUACUCCAGUCACGAAUCGAGAAUAUGACCCGUUACCACAGAAUUGCGACAGCGCUACGUUUGCUAAUGGGAUAGGCAUCUUCGACCUCCACUCCCUCUCGUGGCUGUCCAACUAUAAUGCAAGUUACAGCGAUGCGUAUAAGAUCCCUUCUAAGGUGUCUGACAUCAUUGGUGGGAGUGAAACUGGUGGAGCAACAGUAGUUUCGCCCGAGAGUGGAUUCAAUAGUACGAGCAUGGAAGAUUUAUUUAAGAAACGAAACAACGUCGCGGAUUCUGGCACCUCAUCGACUUCCACCCCCAGUACGACUGGACAGAGCUCCGGUGCAUCUAAAAGCCUAUCCGGCGGCGGCAUUGCCGGCGUGGUGGUCGGUUGCGUCGCCGGUGUGGGCUUGAUUGCUGGUCUUGCAUGGCUCCUCACCCUAAGACAUCGGAAAGCAAAAGCUGCGAGUAGUUCUCGACUGGCAUGGCAGAGUGACGCAUCAGCUAUCCCACCGCUGGAUCAAAGCCCCCGGAAAGAGUUGUAUGGCAGCGGACCAGAGGUUUAUGAGAUGGGAACUAGGGACCAACCUCGCUUCGAGAUGCCAGGCGAGAACAUAUUAGCGGAGAUGCCUGCUGAGGGGAUUAAACGAUGA